AUGAAAUUUACUCGAAGUACAAGUGUUGCACGAACGAUAGCCGGUAAGAAUAUAUCUGAAUAUGGUCCAGAUUUUUUGUGUGAACCAUCAAAUGUGAUUUACGACUAUAAGUCAAAAAGUUUCAUUAUUUCUGACUACUAUAAUCGACGAGUAUUGCGAUGGUCGCAAAAACGUGGCACAUGUCCAGAAACAAUCAUUAGAGGCAGCGGAUAUUAUGGAUUAGCUAUGGAUGAUGAAGGUUUUCUCUACGUUUCUGAUACCGAACGGCAUGAGGUUAGACGAUAUUGGUCAGAUGGCCGCCAUGGAAAAGUCGUAGCAGGUGGCAAUGGGCAGGGUAGUCAUCGCAAUCAACUUAACCAUCCGACAUACAUUUUUGUUGGACCAGAUGAAGCUGUGUAUGUAUCGGAUACUUGGAAUGAUCGCGUGGUGAAAUGGGAGAAGGAUGCGACAACUGGUGUUGUUGUGGCUGGUGGCCACGGUAAAGGAAAAGAUGGAACGCAAUUGCAUUAUCCUACAGGAUUGGUCGUCGAUCAGUUGGGCACAGUCUAUGUAGCUGAUUAUUGGAAUCAUCGAGUGAUGCGAUGGGACAAGGAUGCCUUGCGCGGAAAGAUGAUUGCAGGUGAUAGAUUCAAUGUCGGCAAAAAAGCUAAUCAAUUAAAUGGUCCCGAAGGUUUAGCAUUCGAUCAAUCUGGUAACCUUUAUGUGGCUGAUUCAAAUAAUCAUCGAAUCCAACGAUUUCUAAUUCAAACUGUUUGA